GUUUUGGGGUAAUUUACAUUUUUUUAUAUGCUGCAGAUUAAAUCCUAAAAAGUACAAUAAACAAAUCUACAUUUAAUUUAGUAUAAACCUUAACAUUAAAAUGAAAAGACUCGUCAUAAAUCUGGCAUUAAUAUGCUUCCUAAUGGAAACUAUUUCCACAAAAUUGGUGGGAGAAAAAUUGUACAAAACGGAAAAUAAUAAAAUGUAUUAUAUUGAAGAAAAUUAUAAGUAUUCCUGGUAUGAGGCUUUACUGCAAUGUUCUUUGAAGAAAAUGUCUUUAGUAACAUUAGAAACUCUGGAGGAGCACGAUGCUAUAGCGAAAAUUUUAAAAGAAGACAAUUUUGGCCACCAAGGUCCUCAUUUGUGGAUUGGUGCAGUGGGUGGCAAUCGUCUGUUUUCUUGGGUCUCAAAUAGCCAACCAGUCUUCACUAACAAAUGGAUCCCCGGUAAUCCAGAUAAUUAUCUCCAAGAAGAGAAUUGUUUACAUUUUUGGGAAAAUACAACGGAAUUAAAUGAUCGUAAAUGUGAUUAUAAAUAUGGUUUUAUAUGUGAAGAAACCGUAAGUAGGGAGGAGGUGGCGAUUAAUCACGAAAAAUAUAAGAGUGUUGCAUUAAGUAUUGUUAUUAAUAAUGAUAAGUAAAAGUAUUUGGGUUCAAGUUUGAUCAUUCGAAAGAGAUCGAAAUCUCAAUAGAAUUUAUAUGGAAAUGGAAAUUUCUUUCGAAUGCUUUCGACUGUCCCUUCAUUUCUAUCCUAAAAUCAAGAAGACGGAAUCGCUUAAUAAAGUUAGUUUCUUAAGAAUUUUAUAAAA